UGAGCAGCCAGUGCCCCGCCCAUCGUCGUCCAGCGGCGGGCCGGGCGGGGAGGUGGGGAGCGGGACCGGUGGCGGUCGCGGCUGCGUGUCGGGCGGCUUCACUUCAGGAGGUCGCGGCGUGAGAGCAGGCUCUACCCAAGAGAAAGUUUAAUUUAUUGACCAACUGAUGGAAACAGAGGGAAUGGCAGAGUCGGCUCCAUCAGUGGCCCUGAACGCAGUUCACAAACAGAGCACUGCGAUGCUUGAGGGAUCUCUGCAGGUCAAGGGCUAUGACUUCAACAGAGGUGUUGACCACCAUGCACUACUGCAGUCCUACCUGACGACAGGUUACCAGGCAACCAGUUUUGGGCAGGCUGUACAACAGAUCAAUGCAAUGAUUGAGAAGAAGUUGGAGCCCUUGGAUGAAUCUGAGAAGGAUGCAAUCAAUCUGAACCCAUGUCAGCGGGAGCUGUCGGGCUGCACAAUUUUCCUGGGAUAUACCUCAAACCUCAUCAGUUCUGGGAUCCGAGAAACCAUUCGCUACCUUGUGCAGCACAACAUGGUUGACUGUGUGGUGACCACUGCGGGCGGUAUUGAGGAGGAUCUCAUCAAGUGUCUUGCACCAACCUUCCUUGGGGAUUUCAGCCUGAAGGGUAAAGAGCUGCGUCUCAGUGGGAUUAACAGAAUUGGAAAUCUUCUGGUUCCCAAUGACAACUAUUGCAAAUUCGAGGACUGGUUGAUGCCAAUUCUGGAUCAGAUGCUCCUGGAGCAGAAGGAGCAGGGAGUGAAUUGGACUCCAUCAAAGGUGAUUGCUCGACUAGGGAAAGAGAUCGAUAACCCAGAAUCUGUCUACUACUGGCUUACAAGGUAAAGGAAUGACAUUCCUGUCUUCAGUCCUGCCCUGACAGAUGGCUCUAUCGGUGACAUGAUCUACUUCCACUCCUAUAAGAACCCUGGACUGGUGCUUGAUAUCGUUGAAGACAUCCGCAAAAUAAACAACCAGGCGGUGUACGCCAGACGGACAGGGAUGAUCAUUCUGGGAGGGGGUGUGGUGAAGCAUCAUAUUGCCAAUGCCAACCUCAUGAGGAACGGAGCAGACUACUCGGUGUAUGUGAACACAGGCCAGGAGUUUGAUGGCUCGGAUUCUGGAGCCAAGCCGGAUGAAGCUAUCUCCUGGGGUAAAAUUCGCAUGGAGGCCAAGCCUGUGAAGAUCUAUGCUGACGCCACUCUUGUUUUUCCUCUGCUGGUUGCUGAAACAUUUGCUUCCAAGUCGAGUGCAUUUUUGUCUCGUUCAAAGAUGAUUUAAUCCACUGCCUGCAUAAGGCAGGCAAGUCCUGGGACCUGGUGCUGCUGGUGGCACCGUCUCUUGUAUUCAGGUGCCAUCAGGAUCUUGUCCGCCAUGUACUCUCUCAACUAGUGGGAAGUGGGUGCUGCUACAUUAGGACCAUGCUGUGAUUCCUAAUCUCAGAGGUCCACACCAUGGAAGAGAGCAGUGUGGAUACACCAUGAGGGAACUAUCUUUGAUUCAAAUUCAGCACUUGAUCAAACCACUUGAAGAAAUUAAUGCUUGUUUGGGUUUUAGAUAGAAUUAGCUGAUUUGUGUUCCUGCUUUUACAUGCCACCAGAGAAGAUGAAUAGCAGGCAGUUGGGUGUGUAGAUGCACAGAUACAUAAAUUAAGUGAGGAAUGAGGAGCAGGGAGUAACUAGGAACACAAGGAUUAAGAACAUAUUUUACUGAAAUCUUUUGAGGGCAUUUAAAAGGUUAACCACUUGGGCCAUUUUCAGCAUGAAUCCUGAGCUUGGAAUGUCUGGAUUGCAUCACACUUUGACCCAGUGACUGGUUCCUCCUCACUGAGUGUUGGUAGAUCCCAAACCCAACAUCUUAAGCCCAUGUUUACUGCAGGGGUGGGGAGUGGAGGCAGGAGACUGCUCCUGGAUGCUGACUGGAGAAACUUCUGCACAACUGUUGUCUUUUUUCCAAAUUCUUAAUUUUGAGGUUUUGACUGCUGCAUGAAUAUAAAUAAAAUCAUGGGUGAAAACGUGA